CCACGGCUACAACGCCUGGAGGGACCCCAUGAAGCCCUCCCAGAUCCUGGCCAAGCUGUGCAAGGAGGGCAAGGUGGACGGGCCACACUUCGGGCCGGGAGGGAGAGUCAAAGUCGCCAACAGGGUCUUCACCGGCCCCACGGAGAUCGAGGAUGAGAACGGCCAGAAGAAGGCGUCGGACGAGCCGGUGGCGCUGGCGGCCCUGCGGCACUGGGAGGACGUUCCCCGCGCCGGCUGCCGCCUCGUCCCCGAGCACGUGGAGACGCGGCCGCUGCUCAACCCCGACAAGCCGGGCAUCGAGCAGGUCCUGGGGGCAAACCAGGGGUACGAGCUGCGGGUGAUCGUGUGGAACACGGACGAGGUCAUCCUGGAGGACGACGACUACUUCACGGGCGAGAAGUCCAGCGACAUCUUCGUCAGGGGGUGGCUGAAGGGGCAGCAGGAGGACAAGCAGGACACGGACGUCCACUACCACUCGCUCACCGGGGAGGGCAACUUCAACUGGAGGUACAUCUUCCCCUUCGACUACCUGAUGGCCGAGGAGAAGAUCGUCAUCUCCAAGAAGGAGUCCAUGUUCUCCUGGGACGAGACCGAGUACAAGAUCCCAGCCCGGCUCACCCUGCAGGUCUGGGACGCCGACCACUUCUCGGCCGACGACUUCCUGGGUGAGCGGAGCCCGCGGAGCACUCGGGAGGCGGGCAAAGUGGAGGCUGAGCUGCACCUCCUGACGGCCGAGGAGGCCGAGAAAUCCCCCGCCGGGCUGGCUCGGAACGAGCCCGACCCCCUGGAGAAACCCAA